AUGAGAAGUUUACAACAUGACGAUGAAUACGUUAAAUAUUUACAAACGUUAGAUUUGAAAGCACAUGAAAAUGAAUUUUUCACGAAAAAUGUUGAAAAUCUUCGUGCACUAUUUUUAGAUGUUUAUCGUAAUCAAAUAUCAAAAUCUAUUGUUCGUGUAUAUGCACAGUAUAAAACGAAACAAGGUUUAUUAACAGCCUGCUCAAACAUAUGUGUUCAAGAUUUAUUUAUUUCAGAUAUAAAGUUUGAAUAUGAUAGUCUACUUAUGAAUGCAAAAGAAUUAAAACAUGUGUCAACACAACCGGGAUCAGUUAAAGUUGAUGCUGUUUAUUAUAACGACGAGGAAACAUGGUCAUAUGGUUACGAUUUAUCCAUUUUAGAUACGGGGAAGAUAAUUAAUAAACAUUUAACUAAAGAAAUGGUUUUAUCAUUAUUAUGUGAUAGUGAAGAAACAGCAAAUAAAUCGCAUCAAAUUGGUGUUCUGGGAUAUCCGGGUGUGCCGGAAUCUUAUCACCAUUUACAGUAUCAUUUAUAUCAACAGAAUAUCCCAGGGGCUAUUUCUGGGAAAAUUGGCCAUUUGCUUGCAAUAUCAAAGUUAUUUUUUAAUUUUGAAAAGCUGGUUUUAUCAGCCGGAGUAGUUUAUGGCCAAGCAGGAAGUUCACCUCGACUUUAUCCUGGAUUAUAUGACUCCUUAAAGGGGAUGUCAGGUGGGAUUGUAGUUGAUUCAACUGGUUUAAUUAUCGGUACACAUGUAAGUGCGUCACGUGAUGGUUUUAAUAAUUUAAUAACACCUGCUUGGAAUACUGCCUACAAAGAACUAAUUGAAAAUACAUGA